AUGGUUGGUGGUGGCUGCCAUUCCUCUACCAUAGAGAGGCUCUAUGCUUUGGAGAAGAAGCUGUUUCAAGAGGUUAAGAAUGCAGGGAGCAUAAAGAUGGCACAUGAGAAGAUGGUGAAGCUGGAAAUGAAGAGGGCUGAGUAUGUCAAGGUUGACAAGGCUAAGAAAGAGUUGGAGUCCAGGCUCAUGGUUUCCUCUCAGGCUAUCGAAAUCACAACUAAUGAGAUCAUCAAGCUCAGAGAGACCCAACUGUAUCCUCAGCUCGUUGACCUCGUUAAAGGGAUGAUGUGCAUGUGGAGGAGCAUGUACGAAAGCCACCAGGUUCAAACCCAUAUAGUUCAGCAGCUCAAGUAUCUCAACACCAUUCCCUCCACUGAACCCACAUCUCGGCUUCAUCACCAAUCAACUCUUCAGCUCGAGCUAGAGAUCCAACAAUGGCACCAAUCUUUCUGCAAUUUGGUCAAGGCUCAGCGUGACUACAUCCAAUCUCUCACGGGUUGGCUCAGGUUAAGUCUGUUUCAGUUCAGCAAGAAUCCCCUUGUCAGGAGCAGCUACGAGACUAAGAUCUACAACUUCUGCGAAGAAUGGCACUUGGCGAUUGACCAGAUCCCUGAUAAAGGAGCAUCAGAAGGGAUUAAGAGCUUACUAACUGCGGUUCAUGGAAUAGUGGUUCAACAAGCAGACGAGCAAAAGCAGAAGAAUCGGAAUCCAUUAUUGGUAGAGAAGAGGCGCAAGGUCGAGAUACUAAGGGGAAAGGCAGAAGAAGAGAAAAGUAAGCAUGAGAAGGCAAUGAGCAUGAGUAGGGCAAUGACUGUAAAUAACUUGCAGAUGGGAUUUCCGCAUGUGUUUCAGGCAAUGGUUGAAUUUUCAAGUGUGUUUGUAGAGGCCUUCGGGUCAGUCUACAAUCAAGCCAAUAGCAUUGGUGAAGAACACAACAAGAGGUGA